UUGCCAGACAACAACAACGGCAGCAGGAUUAUUGUGACCACUCGGCUAGAGAGUGUUGCCGAAGCAUGCAGCAAUGCUGGAUCAGGCACAAAUUGCAUUUAUUGGAUCGAGAACCUUAGUUCGCAAUACGCCAAGGAGUUGUUCCUCGGCAGAAUAUUUGGUCCUAAUCAUUCUUCUUGCCCCGACGAUCUGGAAGGUGAAAUGAAUAAAAUUAUAAAGAAGUGUUGUGGGCUCCCAAUGGCCAUUAUUAGCAUUGCUGGCCUCUUGGUGAGCUAUAGAACGUCAGAGAGCAAAGAAAUGUGGGAGAGAGUUCGCAAGUCGAUUGGUACUCACAUGGAGAGCCGCCCUACCCUUGAGGGGAUGAAGCAGAUUAUUAGUCUCAGCUAUAACCACCUGCACCAUUAUCUCAAGGGUUGUAUGAUGUAUCUCAGUUUUUUUCCGGAGGAUUAUGUAAUCGUUAAGAAUCGGCUCUUGAAGAGAUGGAUCGCAGAAGGACUGGUUGCUGAGAUUCAGGGGUUGACCUUAAUGGAGGUAGCAGACAUCUACUACAACGAGUUGGUGAGAAGGAGCAUGAUUGAUCGGGCCGAUGAUAUAAUCAGCUGGCGGGAUGGAAAGGUGGAGACGUGCCGGGUACAUAACAUGGUAUAUGAGGUCAUGGUGUCCAAAGCCCUGGAUGAGAACUUUAUUAGCCUAGUAGGUGGCCCAUAUGAAGGGAUGUCGUAUGGUAGAAUUCGCCGUCUGUCCAUCCAUGGUGGAGAAGAGGUAGCAUCCAUCAAAACUGCAACAUCCCAUGGUAGGAAGAAUGCCAUCAAGGAGAUGAAGAUGGAGCAUGUCCGAUCACUGAGUGUGUUUGACCUCAAUCACAUAAAAGUGCUUGAUCGUCUAGGCGAGUUCAGCCUACUCAGGGUACUUGACCUGGAAGAUUGCAUGGGCCUGGAAGACAAGCAUUUGGUACAUGUCUGCCGGAUGUACAUGCUAAGGUUUUUAGGCCUAAAAGGUACAUACAUAACUAAUUUGCCUCCAGAAGUCGGUGGGCUAGAGAAUUUGGAGACCCUUGAUGUACGUGACCUUAGAGAUCUGCCCAAAACUGUGUCAAAGCUAGAGAAACUGGAGCACCUGCAAAUUAGUAACAAAGAGUACACAGAGUGUUGGAUUGCACGCAAGGGCCUGGGUAGAAUGAAGGCGCUACGGAUGGUGAAUACAAUAGUUUUUGCCAGGUCCCUGAGCAAGAUGUAUUCCCUCCGGUGGCUCAGCAUUGGUAGUAAAGUAUGUAGGGAUAAUGAUACAUUGGACUUUCUACAUGAUCUCGACAUGCCACCGGCGCUCCUCCAGUAUCUUAAGAUUGGUGCCGGCAUUAACAAAUUGCCCAACUGGAUCAGCUCACUGAAUAAUCUUGUUGAGCUUGUCAUUGCUUGGACAUACUUUGUUGGUGACCAAUUGUUCGGCCCAAUAUGUAAGCUGCCCAGGCUGAAGUACUUACGCUUGGGCUCGGACUGCUACAAGGAUACAGAGCUGGUUGCACAAACUGCCCACACCUUUCCGGCUCUCAAGUACCUGUUCCUGAACUUCAACAUUGAAAGUAUGGAAGCUGUCCGGUUUGAGGAAAACACAAUGACAGAGCUUGAGACACUCAGUGUGAGCUUUUGGAAAGGAGAGCUUAACAGAGUCCAAGGCAUGAAGAAUUUGGCAAGCCUUCAAGAGGUGCAGCUCGCUGGUCAGAAAGGCAACCCAGCAUUGGACUGUGCCAUGGAGCAACUAAAGACACUGAAUGAGAAGCGCCCAGGAAAUCAGAUGAAGGUUGCAGUGCAAUACCAGUGA